CCCAAACUCUAUCACCUGACACACGACUUCCCAUAUCACGCACACGCUCUUCCUUCCCGAUUAUUUGGAUCACGUUCUACUUCCACUCAAUCAUCAAGAGGGCGAGCAUCCACACGAGAGAUAGUUUAUAGUGUCUGUGCGCGCUCUUGCCGCGAUCAUGUCGACAUCGACCGUGCUCUCACCGAGGACGCCCGCUAUAGGACUGUCGGACGGGUCACCAUCUGAUUCACGGUCCAGACGAUCGGCAAGAGCAUAUCCGACCAGAAGACUCGGCGCUGGGUUGUCAUCACCUGUUCCAACCAACGCCUCGUCUUCGACGUCACACUCGACUCGUUCAAGGACGAGACAGUCUACAUCGCCAGAGAAGAAACCGGUAGACGGUGUGCCGUUAUUAUCCUCUGGAAUGAAAACGUCUCGUGCGUCUGAGGGAGAAGAUGAAGGGGAGUCGGAGAUUGAAAUAGAUCAAGACGGUGUCCGCAGUGGAUCACAACAGAGUCUCGAUGAUGAUCAAAUGAGCGAUGGAGGAGACUACGAACCGAAAUCGGUCGAUGGGAACGAGACGGAUCAGCCAAAACCCGGCGGACCCGUAACCAUCUCUCUGCGUUUCGGAUCGGGCAAGAAACGAAAAACUCAGAAUAUGAUUGAGAUUGGAGAAGGGAACGAAUCAGACUUGACGCCUGAAGCGGAGGACGCGCGAGGGUAUGACAAAAGGGACAAAGAGAGCGGCGUGGGCGAAAGAGUGGCGGGCUGGAGUGAUGCUGCCGAGGUCGAAGGCGAUGCCGUUGUGCCGCAGGAAGGCGAAGAGGAUCAUGAUACGCGCGAGGGAAAGGUUGAAGAGGAAUUGGAGUCCGGUCUGCCAAAGCGUGCUCCGAGAAAGAAGCGAAAGUGGUUGAAGAAGGGAGAGGUGGAUCCAGAUGAUCCAAUUGCCGUUGCAAAACAAAAGGAGCGACACGCUUUGAUUGAUGAGGCCAUUAUUCUCCUUGACAAGCAGCUCGAGAUGAUCACCAAUGAAAGUCAUCCUCAGCUCGCCUGGAUGCUGCAGGAGCUUGAGAGGCGAUACAAGCGCAAGACAGCUCAGCUCGAGGCGAGACAUGAGGCGAUUCUUCAGGACUUGGACCACGUGCGACAGCACGAGCGUCGGCAAGCCCAUGUCAAUUGGACCAAACAAUGCGAUCGUUUAGCUCAAGAGAUGACCAAGGAGAUCGAUCUCAAGCUCGGACGACUCGACCAAGAGCACAAUGCGCUCAAACGUCGUCCCAACGAGUACCCCAAUAUGCGCGAUGGUCGAGGCGGAGGUGGUUGGAGAAUCUACAACGAGCAUCUAUUGUCAACACAUGAAGAGAAACUCGUUCGAGUGGAUCCUGACUCCAAGCGCGUCCGCAGGGACCUGCCUAUCGAUGUGACGGGUAUCGGAACACAUGCGGCGAAACAGGAACUGGCACGUAUGGUUGUCAAGAUCGAAAAGAGAUCUCCGUCGCCUCCCCCUCGACAUCGACGACCUUCGCGUACCACCAACCGUCCUGAGCGUGUACCGGAUGAUUACUCUAAGCCAUGGAUCGUCAAUCACAACGGACCAACAACGGCCACGCAGUCUGCUCAGCCUUCGCAACCAUCUUCUUCCUACGCGUAUCGUUCAUGGGUCAACCCCGGAACGACCUACGAUCAGUCAACCAACAGUGCACACAAGUCAUCUUCGAAUGCUCAGCAGCAACAAAAAUCAUCUUCGUAUGGUCGUCAUCCGUCCCUACCUCAACCUCAACCUCAACCCCAUUCAGCGCUUUACUCAUCGUCUGGCGCUCCUUCAAGUACGUCCCGCCCACCGACUUCUUCCACAAGCCAUUUGUAUCCCGCUCCUACAUCUCCCAACGUCUCUCUAUACGCUCCUCGAGUCAAAAACAUCUUCACGGACCCUAUUCCUCCUGCCUUGUCGACCGGUAAAUCCAGUACAACGGCAUCUGUGCCUCUGUCGAGUGAGUCGGAUCCAGCCGGGUAGAGGAUUGAGACGCUAAAAGGAUCGUUUCAGCUGGUUUCGUGGGCCCGCGGGGAUUCUUCAGGUGACGGAAAGGCGAAGCAUUGUGUGCUGCCCUGUGGCACACAUCGAGGGAGGGGAAGCGCACAUAAUCUGUCUAUUUCUACGUACCGAGCAUCGAAUCAUCCUUACAAAUCACAUCACACUCACACCACCACAACGUUUUGUAAAUACAUACAAAGAGACAUCAAGGACAGCCAGACAGAGAGUAGCCAGUUUUGUACGAGUAGAUUUCAUUCAUGCCAGAGACAGUGCAUUAUCAGCCAGUGGCCAGUGGCGAAAAAUCCGAUGG